AUGGCGGGGGCGGUUCAGGAAGGCAGCCAAGCCGAAGCCCGGAGGGGCUGGGGAUGGCAGAGGACCAGCGAGGAAACUUGGGACCACAUCCAGAACUACCACAUGGACGACAGGGGCUGGUCUGACAUCGGCUACAACUUCCUGAUCGGCGAGGACGGCAGAGUCUACGAGGACAGAGGCUGGAGCACCAUGGGGGCCCACGCUAAAAGCUGGAACCAUAAGUCGCUGGGAUUCAGUUUCCUGGGCACCUUCUCCAGCAGAGUCCCCAGCGCUGCCGCCCUGAACGCCGCCCAGAGCCUGAUCCAAUGCACCAUCAAAAGGGGCUCCCUAAGCAGCAGCUACACCCUGAAGGGGCAUCGCAACGUGAACGCGACCGAAUGCCCCGGGAACGCCCUCUACAGGGUCAUCAGCUGGUGGGCCAGUGCGGUGCCUCCAGGAUUAACCAUUAACCAGGACUCGUUUUCUGCCAAACGCAGCAGGACCGAACAGGGGAACAAGAAAGAGAAAAAGGAGAAGAAAGCCCAACGCAAAACUGGGCCAAGUGAAAGGAAGAUGCUGCUGCUGAUGCGGGUCAUGUGGUUCUCAGUGCUCUGCGCUGUGGCGCUCGGCUGCCCCUCCAUCGUCACCCGCUCCCAGUGGAGGGGCCAGUCCCCGAGAAGCAGGGACCCACUGAAGACUCGGCUGCCGUACAUCAUCAUCCACCACACGGCAGGGAACCGCUGCUCCACACUGGCUGACUGCAGCCGGGAGGUCAAAAACAUCCAGAGCUACCAUAUGAACUCAAAUGGCUGGGACGACAUCGGCUACAACUUCCUGAUCGGCGAGGAUGGCAAAGUCUACGAGGGAAGAGGCUGGAGCACCAGGGGGGCCCACGCCAAAGGCUGGAACGAUAAGUCGCUGGGACUCGCCUUUCUGGGCAACUUCUCCAGCAGAGUCCCCAGCGCUGCUGCCCUGUUCGCCGCCAGGCGCCUGAUCCAAUGCGCCGUCUCCAGGGGCUCCCUGAGCCGCAGUUACACCCUGAAGGGGGCCCGUGAUGUGAUCUCGACCAUCAGCCCUGGAGACGCCCUCUAUGGGGCCAUCAGCCGGUGGGCCAGGUUCAAAGCCUGA